AUGGAGUUCCAUCAGCAUUCCAAACAGCUGCUGUCAGCUCUGCGUUCUCAGCGCCAGCGGGGCUUCCUUUGUGACUGCAUUGUCCUGGUGGGCUCAUCUCGUUUCCUGGCUCACAGGGCUGUUUUGGCCUCCUGUUCGCCUUUCUCCCACAUGUUCUACUCAGAUUCCCCGGGGGUCGGUGGUGGGAACGGUACCAGCAGCUCUGUCACACUCGACAGCGACAUCGUCACGGCUGCUGCUUUUGGCUUGCUCUUGGACUUUGUGUAUGAAGGUGUGCUACAGCUGAAUGAGUCUCCGCCAGUGGAGGAUGUAUUGGCAGCUGCAAGCUUUCUGCACAUGAACGAGGUGGUGAGAGUAUGUAAAAGACGACUGCAAAGGCGAGGGCCUCUAGCCGAGGCAGACAGCACCCGCUCUGAGGAGAGUGCUGUAGCGAGGAGGGCCACAGAGACAGUGAGGCAGGGUGGGUGUGAACCCAUGGUGGCCAUGGCAGGUGAUCACUUGAAUCCAGCAGCGUUGGCGGCAUCACUCUCAUCAGUAACCACAGCAGAGAGGAGUCAGCUCAACUAUGUGAAAUCUGAGCAGAGGACAGGUGGGGGGGUUGCAAAGUCUAGAGCUCAGACUCCCCUGAGCCCAAACCUGGCUGAUACCACGCAGCCUGGCAUGGACGCCCCUCCUCUGCCACCAGGCAGAGAGGCUGUACCUGGGAUAAUCACAGGCCGAUCUGAUCCUACCUCAGGAGGUCAUGACAGAUUAAAGACUGGAGAUCAAGGGGAGGGAUCAGCGCUCUGCAGUCCAUGCAGCUCUACAGAGUCCUAUAGCCACAGUGGUAACCAGCAGCCUUCCUCGUCCUCUUCGUCCUCAGUGCCAGUGAGUCAGGCCAGAGGUCAGUCAGUGGUUUUUCCUCCUUACUCAGAAUCCAGCCUCUGCCCCAGCCCCCGUCAGCAGGACACACCAAGACUACCCAGUGAAGGUUCUGUCCGGCACCCCUCAGAAGGUGAUCACAGAGGUGCAUCAGGCGGAGAACAGCAGAUGGUCAUGAUAAUCCAAGCAUCAGCAGCAACCUCACACAGGGAAAUGAGCCAGACACACUCACAACUGCAGAAUGACUUCCCCCAGAUUCGAACGAGUGCUGUGUCUCUGCAACACCAAAGCCUGGACCUUCAACUCCGCUCAGACUCAAACUUUAAAGGGACCUGAUGUGUUACUGGUGCUCAUCCCACAGUUAGACAAGAGAGAUCUCUUCUGGGUGGAGUGAGGACAGAUGGCAGAGAUGAGGAGAAUGUGAAAGUCAAAGUGGAGGCCAUUGUCAUAUCUGAUGAGGAGUUAGAGGAGGAAAAGGGGGAGAGUCCAGAAAGAGAACCAGUGAUGGAUGUAGACGAUGAGUUUGAAGAAGAUAUCCAGGAGGAGGAUCUUAACAAUCCUCAGUAUCUCUCCUCCCACCCACAGGGCCUUUUACAAAUGACUUCCCAAUCUAAUGACUACUCCUUCCCCCUCUCUCCCUCUUCCUCCUCCUCUGGUGCCGGCCCUUCCUCCCAGGACACUUCUUCAACCUCUUUCGCUGCGUCCAUCAAUCCUCUGUCCACAGCUCAGAAUCAGUCAGACCCUCCUGCCUACUUCCAGGACUUCCAAGACUCUAUGGGGACCUUUGCGGAUGAUGUGCCCACAUGUGAAGCCUGUGGAAACUUCUCAUGUACGUACACGCUGCGGCGCCAUGCCAUUGUUCACACGCGUGCACGUCCUUACGAGUGUCACUACUGCUACCGGAGCUACACACAAUCAGGUGACCUGUACCGACACAUUCGCAAAGCCCAUGACCGCUCACUGCGCACCAAACGCACCAAAGCGGACAUGGAAAUGUUAGAGCCCUCCCCAACCACCACCGCCACCACAAAUACCACCUCUCCUCUAACACACAGACACAUCUGUGUUUGUCCUACUCCACACAUCACUUCAACCUCAGAUUCUAACUCUAAAUUGAAUGGAGCUGCGUCAAAAUAUUUAUAAUUUCAGAACUCAACAUCCAGCUCAACUUACAAAAUAUAUUAUCAUAUAUUUUAUACACACCCUGCAUAAGCUCUUGCUUUCUUUUGUACUGAAGGCAUUUGUUCCCCAUGAUUACAGAAAUACAAUACAGUCAUACACACAUACACACAUCAUCUUUUUUGCUUAUGAAGGUACCACAGUGUGAAGAGGUAAUUUAGUGGCAGGGAUAAAAAGAGAUGGUUCAGUUUUUUCUACAUUCUAAGGAAAGGGGCUUCACUGCCUCAUCUCUUAUCUCCUUUUCUUUUGUAAGGAAACAAUUUAUUGAUAUUUUCCUGAGUACACACUGGGCAUGAUGCUGUUCUUGUACUGCAUCCUCUAAAUAUUCUAGUUUCACCAGAAGAGCCAUCUCAAUAACAUCCUUCAGAUAUAAGUGCAUUGGGAUUUUCAGAGAACUGCAGCUGUUGUUUGAAGUCCUCAUGGAUCCUCCCUUCUAUAGUUCUCUGACCUCGUGUUUUUUAUGGAAAGAGGUUUAAGGAAAUCGAUGUGUGUUUUACUUAGGCUCCAGCCAGUAAACACAAGUGAUACCUGCAUUUCAAAGAAAGCUGGCAUGCUAGACAUUCAUGUCAACAUAGAACUCUAAAGUUUGAUUGUUUAAAUCCUUUUUUUUAUUUAAAAAAUGGUUCCUUUGUUAAUGAAUUAGUGCUUCUUUUAUACUCUUCAUAUAAUUUAUGAUUUGUGUAUGGUUUAUUUUAUCGUCAGUUUUGAUGAAGCCAAUACACUCAUAGCAGAUGUUUACAAUAUAUUUAAUAUAGUAGGAAGCAACACUGCAAAAUAGCUUUUAAUCUUGCCUUUGUUUUUGUUAUCUUUUUCAUCCUCUACACAUUUUCUUGAGCAGUAACACAGCAAGUUGUGUUCAUUGAUACAUUUUCCUAAAUAUGGUAUCUGACCUGAAAACAUUUAAGUGGUUUAUCACAUUUCAAAGAUACAAUAUCAACUUAUAGAGGUAAUAUUGUGAAUUUGUGGUUUCUUGUCCAAACUUCUGGAUUUUCUAUAUUGUGUGAUAACAUUUCACAUGGCAUUUCCAUAUGGACAGUUUUAAGUUGUAAGGAAAGGGGUUUGAUUAUUGCCUAUUCCACUUCCAGCCUACUGUUACUAUGUUCACAUGUAUUUGUGAAGUAAGGGAAAGCAGGAAAACAGUUUUCGUAAUUCCCCCUCAAUGUACGUUUUCACUUUUUGCUCAUGUGACUGUUCCCCCUGCAGUUUUCCCUGUAGUGACAGAAUACGCAGAACAAGCACCCUUUAACUUAGUCUCCUCUAAAAAUGUUUAUAUUUAAUGAUGUGCCUCAAUGACUGUUGACACUGUUUGAGUUAGUUGUCAUGUCAUUUAAACAGUUUUCAAAAUUGUUUCUGUAGAAUAUGAAUUAUUAUGUACUCUUAUACACACAUGAAGAUGUACAACUGGAUACUAAGAAACUGGAUCAGAGACAUUUGGACAGGUUUCACGCCGGCUUGUGUGCACAAUCUAGAUGUCACCACCUGUGAGUAAACAGUUUAGUGGAGAUGAGGGUAAAUAUAUUUCUUUGCAUUACACAAAGCACAGGCUGGCCAGUCAACCACAUUUUCAUUUUUCUUUAUUUCACUACAAAACACAUAUAAAAAUAUAAACAUUGAAUCUGUUAUCACACUACAACAACACAGGGUUUAUUCUUAAGUCUCCUCACACACUGUAUCCAGUUAUCAGAAAAACUGUACAUGCUGAGGUGGUGCACCGGGCCUCCUCUAGACAGUAUGUUCUGUCCUCUCUUCAGUCCUCCACUGGCCCAUGGAUCUGUGAAGAUGUAAAAUUUCAAUGUUCUUUUAUUUGCAACCACCUGAUGUUGUAAUAAAUUGACUGUUGUCAACGUA